AUGGACAUAAAGGAUAUAGAAUUUUUCGAAUAUGUAAAUAAUUUAAAGAAUGUAGAAUUGCUGGAUAUGUUUUCUACCAAAUGGUUUGAAUAUCAUAAAAAUGUAGUUUUUAUUAAUGUAUACUUACAUAAUAAUAAUGAAUUAAUAGAUGUUGUCGGUGAUGAUAGGAUGAGCCAUAUUUUGAAAAAGUUUGAAGUAUUACUCAGAGAAUUAAUUACUACUUAUUUUAUACGGUUCCUAAAUUUCGAAGAACAAAUUAAAAAAAAUAAUAAAAAAAUGCUGAAAAUGAAUGAAUUAAAAAAUAAUAAUAUAGAUAAAGAAAAUUCCCAUAACCAUAUUUAUGAUUACAUAUCACUUUAUCAUGAAAUGGCUGUUUUAAACACCUUUGAGUUAAUUUUACUUUCUGACCAUAUAUAUGAACAAAUAGACUCAUAUAUAAUUAAUCUCUUUGCAUAUAUUUACUCUAAUUUAGUAUCAUUCCUUAAGACGAGCUCUGAUGAUUAUUUUGUCAAACCAAUCACAGAAUUACCCAUAUCUGAAAUAUUAAAGGAGGAAAACGAUAAAACACAUAAUAUCGAUAGACUGAAAAUAUACAUAAAUGUAAUCAGCACAUUACGAAACAUUAUUGAUAGAAUCCAUUUAUUAAACAACACUGUUGUUAAUAAAAUUGUGGAUUAUGACAUUUUGCUAAUAUUAAUUCCCCUUAUUGAGAAAAAACCUUGGAAGCAUGAUGAUUAUAUUUUUGAGCAAAAUGAGUGGAUAAAGAAUGAGGAUAACGAAUUAGCAACUGUUGAAAAACAAUUGUGGAUUAUUUUGUAUACAUUAAUACUUAAUAGGAUUUGUCAAGAAAAGUAUGAAAUGACCAAUUAUAGAAGGAAUAACAUUUUGAAGCUCAGGAAAUAUAUGAACGAACACUUAUAUGAACAGCUACCUCCCAUGAAAACUCUCCAUACAUAUAUAGAGCAUUUAUAUAUAUCAAAAAGUGUUUUUCCUGAAAAUAAAAAUUCCUACCUAAUCAUUGAUGUGGUUCCAGAAAUAUUUGAUGAAAUAAAAAAUGAUAUACUAAAAAAUAAAAAACAAGUAUUAUCCAUGUUAAAUAAUAUUACAAUCUCAAAAGAAGUGUUAGGAAGUAUUUCAGAGGUUUAUCUUUCUGUCUAUGAAUUUGAUCACCAAAAUAAAAAGUCAAAAAAAAAGGUGAAAGAAAAUAAUUCUGUUAAUACAAAUAAAGAUGAGAAAGAAAAGGCUGGCGAUAAUCAGUACACUUGCAACAAUUGCAAAGAAAUGGCUGAACUACAAUGCUCACAAUGCAAACAAGCAUACUAUUGCUCGAAAGAAUGUCAAAUGAAAGACUGGUUUAGCCAUAGAGAAGUCUGCUCAAGCUAUACAUGA